UUUGCAUCUAUUGUUUCAGUUGCAGGGUGAUUCAUCAUCUGUGGGAUCAGAGUUUCAUCAGGUCGAUUCAGUAAUGAAAUCUUCUGCAAUAUAAAUAACAAAGCUUGAAUGUCACAGUGAAUCUAGUCCAGUCCAGUCCAGAUUCAGCCUGAAGGUUGAGACAACUCAUGAUCAAUGAUGGAAUCUCAACAAGCACCAGCCGUGGACAACCACUAUGAUUGGCCAUCUCAUGGAAUAGAUCAAGGUCAAACUUGGGUCCACAAUUAUUCAAAACAUCCAAUUGAAACGAUAGUUAAACAAGAGGUACUAGAUGGAGGAGAAGACGAAGAAGAAGAAGAAGAAGAACAACAACAACAACAACAACUAAUCAAGCAAGAGGUACUAGAUGGAGAAGAAAAAGAAGAAGAAGAACAACAAAUGAUCAAGGAAGAGGUACUAGAUGGAGAAGAAGAAGAAGUAGGAGGAGAAGAAGACGAAGAAAAAGAACAACAAAUGAUCAAGGAAGAGGUACUAGAUGGAGAAAAAGAAGAAGAAGAAGAAGUAGGAGGAGAAGAAGACGAAGAAAAAGAACAACUGCAACUGAUCAAGCAAGAGAAGGUACUACAUGGAGAAGAAGAAGAAGAAGAAGAAGAACGACAACUACAACAUCUGAUAAAGCAGAAGGUACUAGAUGAAGAAAAAGAAGAACAACAACAAAUGAUCAAGCAAGAGGUACUAGAUGGAGAAGAAGAAGAAGGAGAACAACAACAAUUGAUAAAGCAAAAGGUACUAGAUGAAGAAAAAGAAGAAGAACAACAGAUGAUCAAGCAAGAGGUACUAGAUGGAGAAGAAGAAGAAGAAGAACAACAACAAAUGAUCAAGCAAGAGGUACUAGAUGAAGAAAAAGAAGGAGAACAACAACAACUUGGAGGGACAGGAGAAGUAAAAGUAGAAAAAGUCGAGGUUAAGCAAGAAAUUGAUUCUUGGUUGCAUAUUGAAAGUACAUAUUCUGUUCCAUCAUAUACACUGCGCUGUGACCCCUCUUCAUCUGAACAUGUUAACGUUGAAAAUGUGGAAGCUAUGGAGGAUGAACAUCUUCCAGAUAUGAGGUUGCGAAUACAAGACUAUUCUCCUGGAAUAGCUACUGGGCAUUCUGUCAGUGGAAACAUACCUUGUAUACAAAAGUUUGAGGGACAUGCAAGUGCAGUCUCCCCUGAAAGGUCUCUUGAUGAGUCUCUUGAAAAUUCAUCGACCCAAGAUUCUAUAGAAGAUGGCAAUGAGUUGAAUUCAUUUAUUGCAAAUGCAAAAAUUAACGUGAAUGAUAAUGCACAUUUUAGUGAAUUAUUAAUUUGUCACUUGUGUAGAGAAACAUUCAGCAGCAACAAAGAACUAAAUCUUCAUUAUAUAAAAUCUCAUUGUAAAGAAAAUAAAGUUGCAAAACCUUUUUGCUGCAAAGUCUGUGACUUUGUAUCUUCAAGGAGAUCAACACUAAAUUUACAUAAUAAAAAUGCACAUACAGGAGAGAGGCGUUACAUCUGUGAAUUUUGUGAAUAUGUAUCUGAUUCUUCUGCUAAUCUAAAAGCACAUACAAUAAACCAUACAGGAGGAAGGCCCUACUACAGCUGUGAAUUCUGUGGCUUUAAGGCUUUUCAAGAAUUAAACCUUACUAUGCAUUUAUAUUGUCACAUUGAAGAGACCUCUUACAACUGUGAAUUUUGUGGAUAUUCAUGCAAAACUUCUCUUGAUUUAUCACGACAUCACACAGAAAAGCACUACUGCUGUGUGAAUUGUGUCUACAAAACAAAUCUUAAAAAAAAUCUCACUGAACAUUCAAGGAUACACACUAAAGCGGGACUAUACAGGUGUAAUUCUUGUGACUACAAAACAACAAAGAAAUCACAUUUCAUAACCCAUCAAAAUAAACAUACAGGAGUGGGUACCUACAGCUGUGAUCAUUGUGAUUUCAAAACAACACAGAAAUCAUAUCUCAAGAGACAUCUAAGAAGACAUACUGGAAAAGCCUUCAGCUGUAAUUUUGUGACUUCAAAACAACACUGAAAUCAUAUCUCACAGUACAUCUAAGAAGGCACAUUGGAGACUACCCAUUCAGCUGUAAUUCUUGUGACUACAAAACAACACGGAAAUCACAUUUCACAACUCAUCAAAAUAUACACACAGGAGGAGGUACCUACAGCUGUGAUCAUUGUUAUUUCAAAACAACACAGAAAUCAUAUCUCAAAGUACAUCUAAGAAAACAACACAUAAAUCAUAUCUCAAGAGACAUCUAAGAAGACAUACUGGAGAAAAAUCCUUCAGCUGUAAUUCUUGAUAUUACAAAACAACACAGAAAUCAUAUUUCAUAACUCAUCAAAAUACACAUACAGGAGGAGGUACCUACAGCUGUGAUCAUU